AUGUCGUUCGGCUUCUCAGUGGGCGAUAUCAUUCUCUGCACUCAAAUCGCCUAUCGCUUAUUCUCGUCCGUUACUGACGGGCGCAAGAAGGCCGUCCGUGAUCUGAAAGAGCUCGAGGAUACUCUAUUUGGCCUCUACUGUGCCCUCAACCAUCUCAACAGAGAUCAUGAAGUCAUUCUAGCAAAGGCCACUGCCAACUCUAUGGAUAAUUCGGGGCAGGUCCAUGUGCAGCUGGGGUACAUGAUCAAGUCAUGUCUCGAGACAUUAGAAGAACUCGAUAAUGUCACAGGUAAAUACCGUGAAGCCGCACCGGAAACUGCACGUCCUGUGGUUGGCAAUCAGCUCAGUAUCUCUGGACCGUCAUCAUCCCGACCGGCCAAGACGUCAUUGAAGAUUCAAUGGAAGAGGGUACUAUGGGAUCUACGUGGAGAUUCGUUGAGUAAAUAUCGGACGAAGCUGCAAUCACAUACAGAUUCUAUCAAUCUACUUCUCAGUACCUUUAUAUGGCAAGCCUCGCUUCGAGCAUUCUUGACUACCGGGUCUAGGGCUAACUCUGCUCAGGACCGCUACCGAUCGCAUCGAAAAAGACAAUACACAUCAAUCUCAAAAGCUGGAUGA